UCUGACAGUUGGGGCUGGUCUCAUCACAACAUCAUCGGGGCGUUUCAGGCAACGCUCAGACACACAGUAGCAGUCCCCUCUUAUCUCGGAAUUGGUGCACUCUGAAUGGGAUAACACUUCCUUUCCGUGCAGAUGACAUGAAAUGUUGAUGUGGUAAAAAAUGAACAAACCCAAAAUGGCCACAGAGAAAGGUGUUCCCAGUACCUCCAGGGUCCUGAUGCUCCUGGGCCAGCUGGAGAGGAUGAAUGGAGAGGCCAUGGUGAGGGAUGUCGAAAUGGCAAGACAGGUCACUGCAAAGAUACUUCAUCUCAUACAGACGCAGGAGAAGAGUGGAAAAGAGGUGAUGUCCAAAGGCUCCAGUGGCAUGGAGGUCAUCCUGGCUUCACUGGAGAACACCCGGGAUGUCCAGACCACUCUGAACAUUUUGUACAUUCUCAGUGAGCUACUGACUGUGGGCAGAGGUCGUAGGGUGGGAGUAUUUGUGUCUAAAGGAGGAACGGGGAUAUUGUUCCAAAUUUUGAUCACUGCCAGUAAAGAGUUGCCUCCGAGUGAGGAACUCAUGCUGCAACUUCACUCACUGCUGGCCAAGGUUGGCCCAAAAGACAGAAAGUUUGGGGUGAAGGCACGUUUGAGCGGAGCUCUGAACGUCACCGUCAACUUAAUGAAACAGAACAUACAGAACACCAAACUGCUUCUGCCCUGCCUGCAGGUCCUCAGAGUUUACUCUACUAACUCGGUGAAUGCUAUUUCUUUGGGCAAGAACGGAGUGGUGGAACUCAUGUUCAAGAUCGUCGCGCCGUACAGCAAAAAGAACACCAGCCUGCUCAAGGUAGCUCUGGACGCACUGGGAGCACUGCUCAAAUCCAAAACUAAUGCUCGCCGUGCAGUGGAUGGUGGACAUGUGCCUAUCUUGCUAGCUCUCUACCUGGACUGGCACCGCAAUGACACGCGUCAUCGCCACAUGCUGAUUCGCAAAGGGCUGCUCGUCUGCCUCAGGAACAUCACCAACAUCAAGCUCGGCCGGAAAGCAUUCGUAGAGGCUGAUGGCAUGAGGGUCCUCUACAACUCAUCCACUGAGUGUCUCCCAGUCCGGACUCUGGAUCCUCUGAUCAACACAUCCAGUCUCAUCAUGAGGAAGUGUUUUCCGAAGAACCGUCUGCCUCUGCCCACCAUCAAAUCGGCCUUCCACUAUCAGCUGCCACAUGUCCCCGCUGUAGGGCCUGUGGCACAGCUGUACAGCCAGCCACCUGGGGGAAGAAAAGUUCAUCAGCUCUGCAACAAGCCCUUAAAGAAGGGUAAGACGUACAAUGACGACAUAGAGACGGACCUAAACAAGCUACAUCCCAAAAAGAACCCUGGACGUCCUUUUGAGGAGUUGAGAGUCUAUGAGAGGUUCUUCUUGGAGCUUUCUGAAGACUUCCAGGGUUAUAACUUUGAAUGCUCAAAGAGUGCCUCUACCACAUCUUCAUCGUCAUCCUUCUCCUCAUCAUCAGCCUCAAGUCAAUCCACUCGGCCAAUCAUAGUGCCCACAGCUCAAGCCCUGUCCCCAAAGCACGUCCCCGUACCGAGCACUCAGGAGGAUUGCAACCCCACCAAAGGAAAACACACGCUGCCGUCUCCUUCUGCGACCACUCCUACUCCUCCUGCUCCCCUAACGCCUCUAGAACUGGACACCAUCCACCUCACCAAGGACCAAGACAAAAAAGAGGAGGGCCACAUUCCUUCCCCCGACACACGUACAACAUUGUCCUCGCUCACCAGGCCUCCUUCUCAAGGACAGAUGAUAGAACAGGAAUUAGCACAUGUGCUGGAGUGUGUCUCUUUAGAAGAGGAGGGGGUCCUAAAGGCAGAGGAAGGAGGAGGAAGGGGAGUAAAACAAGAAGAAGGAUCCCCAGUCAAUGCCACAAGACACAUACAGUCCCCUCUGCUCUUGGGGGGUAUUGCUACGCGUCGUGUGGGUGGAGGAGGCAGUAACUGGGGUUCGGAUUGUGGCUCAGAGGGCACGGAGGAUGAAGGAGGGGAAGGAGCAGUUCUGGAGGUGCCAGACACGGCUCUGCUCCUACCGAUGCAUGACCCUGACCUUUACGUGGAGAUGGUGAAGGGAACAAACUCUGUACCCCAGUACGCUGAAGUGGCUUACCCCGACUACUUUGGCCAUGUAGCCCCAACAUUUAGGGAACCUCUUAUGGAGAGAGUUUAUGGCGUCCAGAGGUCUAAGAUAUUCCAGGACAUUGAGAGGUUGAUUCAUCCUAAUGAUAUCCUGGAUAAAGUAGUUUACGAUCUCGACAUCCCCAGUUGUCCUGUAAUUGAAGACAGUGGCGAAUCUCUGAAGUUUAACUCUCAGUUUGAGUCUGGCAACCUCAGGAAGGCAGUUCAAGUUAGGAAAUAUGAGUAUGACCUUGUGCUGAAUUCAGACAUCAACAGUAAUCACUACCACCAGUGGUUCUACUUUGAGGUGAGCGGCAUGCGUGUUGGGAGUACCUACCGCUUCAACAUCAUCAACUGUGAGAAGUCAAACAGCCAGUUCAACUAUGGCAUGCAGGUGCUCAUGUACUCUGUGCAGGAGGCGAUCAGUGGCAGGCCUCGCUGGGUCAGAAUAGGAACAGACAUCUGUUACUACAAGAAUCAUUUCGCGAGGAGUUCCAUCGCAGCUGGUGGUCAGAAAGGAAAAUCCUAUUAUACAAUGACUUUCAGCACAAAUUUCAGCCACAAGGAUGAUGUCUGCUACUUUGCCUAUCAUUACCCUUAUACAUACUCCACUCUGAAGAUGCACCUGUCCAAACUGGAGGCUUUGAGGACCCCUCAGAUUUACCUGAGACAGGAUGUCCUGUGUGAAACCCUGGGGGGAAAUGGCUGCCCCCUUCUCACUAUCACUGCCAUGCCGGAGUCCAACUCCAAUGAUCACAUCUGUCAGUUUAGGAAUCGUCCAUUGAUCUUCCUGUCGGCCAGAGUGCACCCUGGAGAGACCAACGCCAGCUGGGUAAUGAAGGGCACGCUGGAGUUCCUGAUGGGCACUAGCCCGCUAGCAGCCAGCCUGAGAGAGGCCUACAUCUUCAAGAUAGUCCCCAUGCUCAACCCUGAUGGAGUUAUAAAUGGAAAUCAUCGUUGUUCUCUGAGUGGAGAGGAUUUGAAUCGCCAGUGGCAGAACCCCAAUCCUGAGCUCCACCCCACCAUCUACCACACUAAGAGCCUGCUGCAGUACCUUGCACACAUACAGAGGGCACCACUGGUGUUUUGUGACUACCACGGCCAUUCCAGGAAGAAAAAUGUGUUCAUGUACGGCUGCAGCGUGAAGGAAACAGUCUGGCAGUCCAAUAUCAGCGCUACAUCCAGUGACUUACAAGAGGACCUUGGAUACAGGGCACUUCCUAAGAUCUUGUCCCAGAUUGCCCCAGCCUUCAGCAUGGCAAGCUGUAGUUUUGUUGUGGAGCGCUCCAAAGAGUCAACCGCCCGCGUUGUUGUAUGGAGAGAGAUUGGAGUGCAACGCAGCUACACCAUGGAGAGCACGCUCUGUGGUUGUGACCAGGGCAAAUAUAAAGGUCUUCAGAUCGGUACAAGAGAGCUGGAGGAGAUGGGAGCUCAGUUCUGCGUGGCCCUGCUGAGGCUGAAGAGGCUGACGGGGCUCCGCAACCACCAACACCUGCUGGAUUUGGAGAGCGAUAUCAUCGGGACACAGUCUAAAGUGGUCAGCAGCAGCCCCACCACCUAUGUGAUGGAGGAGGACGAGCCGUCCUUUCUGGAGGCGAUAGACUACAGCGCGGAGAGCAACGAUGAGGACGCCGAGCCUGAAAACGAGCACGGCAUCGAAGUCCAUGAGAAUCCCGAGCACCACGAUCACCUGUCGGACUCCGAGACAAAUCACAGGGACUAACGCUGAGGUCUUUAUCUCCAAUAUAGCUAGCAGUCUGAGCUUAAAACCAGCCAUUGCUUGGAUUGUUAACUGAUUAAAGAUUUCACAGGUAAAACAGUUCCAACACUAUUUUCACCUUGACUGGUGAAUAAAUAUCUUAGAUUUACACCUGACCUUAUUAUCUAGACACUUAAUUAUGGUACGUAGGCUACAUUGGCACCAUUCAGGUGCUGCGUUGAUCGUGAAGGUGCGUCCACUACCUGCCUUUCACUGCAGACAGGAUGCAUUUCAGUGAAUGUUUUCACCUUCCACCGUCAUACUAUAACCUUCAUGAACCGUAACCCCUGACCUCAGACACCAUAUAGCCUCUGAGAUUCACAUAUAGCUAGCCAGAGCAGCAAACAGCAGGCACCGCCGAUCCUUAACUUGAACCCUUGUCCACUUGCUCAUUUUUUACAGCCGAUCUCACACUGAAGCUACCUGACAAGGCUGUGGUAGUGUAAUAGAGCCAGUGGUUUCUCUAGGUACUGUUUUUGAAACCCCUCUCACCCGUGACCCUGUUUUGAAUGAAACACUCCUGGUGAUUGAGGGGAAACUGGAUCUCCCCCACUGACCAGCUUAAAGAUCCAACCGAUCUGCCUUCUUAUUUCCCUUCUUCCUUUCUAUAGUCUCACCCUGCACUUUAACUUUUUACUUCUUCCUUUUGUUGGUGCGGGCCUUUCCUCGCUUGUCUCCCGUCCUCCGUUCUUUUUUUUUUUCUUCUGACAAGCCAAGGUGUCUACAUGGGAUGCACAGAUGAUCAAACGGCUCCGCGUAUCAAAACUUAGCUGCAGAUUAUCUAAAGUAGAAAGCGUCUCAUGUAGAAAAUAACCCUACUCAAAUGUACCUACACUUGAGUUGUGUCCUCACUCCCCCCCCCCCCCCCCUUUCGGCCACAGUGCAUGUGGUCCGAUCGUCCAUGUGCUGUUUGCCUUGCUUUAUCCAAAUCUGUAACUAUAUCAGUCAAAUGUAGAAUGUUCACGUCUUUAUCAAGACACACCUUGUACAAUACAAAUACAAACGCAGAUAUAAUCGCACACCACAAACUAACUAACACAGGUUUGGUUUGAGUUUCUUGGUCAGCAGUAAAAACGUGAAGAUGGAAUGUAAAAUAUCCACAUGCACUGUUGGUGAUUUCAUUGUUUUUAACAAUAGACAGUAUUAUAAUGUUAGACAAAGCAGUAAUGAACAAGACGCAUGAGCUGCAUAGAGCAGAAAAAACUUUUUUGCACUUUGGAUAUACACGCAAAACAAAGAGUGAAACAUCACUUUACAAUAUGUCACUGUUUGAAAAGCUCAACUUCAGUCACCUCAUUAGUUUGAAGUUCUCAGAGUUCCGCCCAAACCUGGUGAUAAUGUUGCUGUGAUGUUUUAGAAAAUUAUACUGGAAUUCUGUUUCCUUUUUAUUCUCUCCUCCAAUCUGUGUGUACAUUUCAUGGAUUUGCUUAGGAGAGACCCAUGCAUAACAGAUGGUGCUUUGUGUUAAGAGAAUAAAGUAGUUUGUUGCAUUAUUUGUUGUUUGUUUAUGAGGAUGAGGUACAUUUCUGUUGCAUUUGUACAGCUAGCGCAUGGCUAUUUUUUUUUUUUUAUUUUGUAAUUUAUUAAGUAUUGUUUCUGGGAACCUGUAUGUAUAUGAGGCAUUUUGAGUGUGUGUGUGUGUGCAGGAGUUUAAGUUAUUCCAUUAUUUAGAUCAGCUGAUACUCUUACAGUGUGUUUCUUCUUUCAAUUUGAUUACCCCCUGUCACUCUCCUCCUUCCCUUUAACCUCCUUCAUUCCCUCAUUUCCCAUCUUUCUCUUGGUUAUUUUCGUUCAAAUGUUACUCAUGGACAUCUUACAAACCCAGGGAGGUUCUUGUUCUCUGUGUGUGUGAGCAUAUGAGUGUGUGUGAGUGUGUAUGAUUUGAAAUAAUGUCGGUACCCUCUGAGAAAUGUGUGCUGUUAUAUGUGUUUGUCGUUAGCAGUUUAUGUCGACACAAUGCUGGGCUACUUUUGCUUUAUUUGUUUGUUGGGAGGUAAACAAGCAGAAAGAGCAACUCAUUUUAAGUUGAUUGUAACGCAGAAAACUGAAGCUGAGAGUGUACAUGGACAAUAAAAUGUGAAUGUGGUAAAUUGUU